AAGAACCGCUGGCUGUCCCUCCCUAAUUUCUCUCCUUUUCUCUAAAAAUCUUUUUCCCAGCAAUUUCUGAAAUUCGGAUAUUUUAAAAUAAAAAAAUUUAAAUUUAACAAGGGAAGAAAAAGGGAACGAUAGCAAGCAAGCAAGCCCUAGAAGGCACGCGAAACGGGUUUACUGGAAACUGGAAACAGAAACGAAGCUUCUGCAAGUCAUAUGCAUGCAUUCGAUGUUCAGUUUCUAGAAGAUUCUGUGCCGGAAAAGGGAGAAAAUGUCACUGUUUGAUGGAUAUUGGUGAUCUUUUAAGGAUUCAUCUGUUGAUUGUCUUGUGAAUUUUGUUGAUAUUACACCAACUACUUAGCUAUAUUAAUUCCAUCAUGGUUGCCACUGCUGCUACUGCUGCAUUUUUCCCUGUUGGCAAUCUGCUUCCGGAGUCUGGUGCCCAAACAUCUGGAAAGUUGGGAGGAACUGCACCUGUAAGCCUCAAUGCACGAGGCAUUAAGCCAAAAUCUUCUACCUCUCGAAACUUACAAGUGAAGGCCAGUGCACAAGCACCUCCCAAGGUUAAUGGAACCAAGAUAGGUGUUAUGGAAGGUCACAAAACCGAUGAUGAGGUGACCUCAUCUUCUCACCCAAGGACCUUUAUCAAUCAGUUGCCUGACUGGAGCAUGCUCCUUGCUGCCAUUACAACAGUUUUCUUGGCUGCUGAGAAGCAAUGGAUGAUGCUUGAUUGGAAGCCAAAACGCUCAAACGAACUCAUUGAUCCUUUUGGUUUGGGAAGAAUUAUGCAAGAGGGAUUAAUUUUUCGUCAGAAUUUCAAUAUUAGGUCCUAUGAAAUAGGAGCUGAUAAGACUGCUUCUAUAGAAACAAUGAUGAAUCAUUUGCAGGAAACUGCCCUGAACCAUGUGAAGACUGCAGGACUCUUGGGUGAUGGGUUUGGCUCAACCCCAGAAAUGUGCAAGAAAAAUUUAAUUUGGGUUGUAAGUAAAAUGCAGGUUCUUGUGGAUCGUUAUCCUACUUGGGGUGAUGUUGUUCAAGUAGACACAUGGGUAGCUGCAUCAGGGAAGAAUGGUAUGCGGCGUGAUUGGCUUCUCCGUGAUAGCAGUACAGGGGACACAUUAAUGCGAGCUUCCAGCUUGUGGGUGAUGAUGAACAAAGAAACAAGGAGAUUGGCAAAAAUGCCAGAUGAGGUCCGAGCUGAAAUUGGAAGCUAUUUUGUUGAUACACCACCUAUUAUUGAUGAUGACAGUAGGAAGUUACCGAAGCUUGAUGAUUCUACAGCACAAUACAUUCGCAGUGGCUUAACUCCAAGGUGGAGUGACUUAGAUGUGAAUCAACAUGUUAAUAAUGUUAAAUAUAUUGGCUGGAUCCUCGAGAGUGCACCCUUGCCAAUCUUGGAGAGUCAUGAGUUAGCAGGCAUGACUUUGGAGUACAGGAGGGAGUGUAGGAGGGAUAGCGUGGUGCAAUCGCUCACCUCAGUCGUGGGCAACGAUGUCGGGGACUUGGCUACCUCGGGAUCUGUUGAGUGCCAACAUUUGCUUCGCCUCGAGAGUGGUGCUGAAAUCGUCAAGGGAAGGACCGAGUGGAGGCCGAAAUCCCCAAACAGUUUCGGGGAGAUAGAUCAGCUCCCAGCCGAGAGCGCCUAAUCCUACCGCCUUCAGAUCAAGAGUUGAAGUGAUCCUUGCACCAUCUCAACAGAUCCCAUAUAGAAUCCUUCUUUGUUUUCCUUGAUCUAUAUGUUUCCCACCCUAUAUAUAUAUAUACAUAUAUUCUACUUCUUUUUCGUUUUGCUUUUAUGAUUUUAUUGGAGAACAAUCAUUGUAAGUAGUCCUUGCCCCCUCUUUCCAGUUUCUUUUUGUUCUGUCCGCCCAAGAUGCCACUGAAGCUUUUAAUUUCACGUAUAGUUGAUAAUUAAAUGGUUAAUUUCAUAAUUUGUGUAGAAUUUUAUAUCGGUUGAUUAUAUUUUAUUUUAUUAAAA